AUGGCUUCUGCGGACUCACAAUCAACCACCAUCCGGUACCUGCCCACAAAGGAUGCAUACGAUCGCUGGGCAUGCGUCUACGACAUAGAUGGCAACUUUCUACAGGCGAUGGAUGACAUCGAGAUGCGCUCUCUCCUGCCCAGGUUCGAAGCCUCAGUCCAGACUGCAGGCCGGCCCUUGAAGCUGGUUGAUCUAGGUUGCGGAACGGGGCGCAACACUGCCCUGCUGCUCGGCAUCCAGGACGCAGAGGUUGUGGCGCUAGACGCCAGCGAGGGUAUGCUGGCUGUCGCAGAGCGCAGGCUGAGAGAUGCACGGGGCGACAUCGACGACGGUGCGAGACUGACACUGGGAGUCUUCGACCUCAUCGCCGCUGAACAACCCCCGGAGGUGGCAGUCAGCGCAGAUGGAAUUAUCAGCACGCUGGUCCUGGAGCACAUACCGCUGGAGACGUUCUUCAAGCACGUGAGUCGGACGCUUAAACCGGGCGGUGUGCUGCUUUUGACGAAUAUGCAUGCCGAGAUGGGCCAGGUCAGUCAGGCUGGUUUUGUAGACGCCGCGACGGGGGAGAAAAUCAGGCCUACGAGCUUUGCGCACACGGUCGGAGACGUGGUGAAAGAAGCAGGGAGGUGGGGACUGGUCGUUCUGGGCAGGCUUGAGGAACGGGCCGUGACGGAGGAUUUGGUGGAUAGGUUGGGACCGAGAAGUCGUAAGUGGGUAGGCAUCACAUGCUGGUUUGGAGGAUUAUUUAGAAAGACUGCGCCUUAA